GGUUGGAUUUUCUUAAAGCAAAGAAAAUGAUCUACCCAGCCAUUAGUGAGGGUGUUUUUUUCUUCUCUCUGUUAAUGGAGUAGGUUGCCAAAAUAUUUUUUUAAGCAAUGUUCAACUGGGAAACCGACUGGACAGGAAAACAAAGUUCAACUUGAAUUCUGUCUAUAGAAAACGUUUGGAAUCACAGCGUUAUCGGGAAGAGUUAUGUCAUGAUGAAGUCCACACAGGAUAUAUCAGAGUAUCUGGACCUAAGUUAUCUGUCCACCGAUGAGGAAUUGGCAAUCCGGCAGGUGCUUCAGCGAGAUGAAAACCUCAAGAGACAAGAGACUGGACGCAUACGUCGUCUGCAUUACUCCAUUCCUGACCCUAAGAUGCUUAAAAUCAUGACUGGGCAGUGGUUUCAAGAGCUCAGGAAUCGUCGGUAUGGACGACAUUCAGAUGUGACAGAUGUUGUUAGGUCUUCAAUGAAGAAAAAGACAACAGUCCUUAGGAGUGAUCCUUCCUGCAAUGUUGGACAAACAGAAAACAAAGGAGCAGAAAAGGAGAACGACCCUCAAACCAAGACAUCUGAGAUUAAGAAACCAUAUCCCAGGUUCAUAAACCCAGUUGUUCAUGAAGAGGGUCACCAGCAGAAGAACAAUCUGGAAAACAGUGUUGAUACUGAAAACAACUCUGUUGCUGUUCCUGAAAAGAAACAUAAACUCUACAGGUCGCAUGAGGGGCCUGCUAGUGAGGAAAAACCCACAAAACCAUUUACAUCUUCAAAUCAACAUUGUACUAAACCAUACUUUAGUACAACUCACGCUGUCUACCAAUCACAAGACAGGAAACCUAGUCAAAGAAAAGAGACAGAAUCUGUUCACGCCACUCCUAUGUCUCUGCUCGGUCCUACAAACAUAUCCAGUAUGGACCCUCAAUCAAACUCAUCAACUGAAACUCUGGACACCAUUGCAAAUCUGAAAUCCAACAAUAAUCUGGUGGUUUUUGAAAUAAAGAAUGAACCAGAGAAGAAAAGCCCAGUUUCAUAUGCAGAUCCUUAUGAACCAACACAAGCACAGCUGAAAAGUACCCUUAUUGAAGCCAAGCCAAAAGACAUAAAGAUAGAAAUUGGAACAAAUAAAUCAAUAGUUGUUGAUGUUGAAAAUUCAGGAAAUGAGCCUUUAGCUAUUUUGUCUCUAGAGAUCUUGGCAACGAGGCCAAAGCCAGAGGUGAACUAUACCUCUACAAUGACGAAUACCACAGAGGUGUCACCUAGUACUGAGAUUCUGUCCUGGACAGAUAAUAAAUCCCAAAACAAGAGACCCGACUUUCAAGUUUUGAAAUAUGAUGAGUCCGCUAGCAUGCCAACCUCAGAGGCUAUGUUUCAGAAGGACCAACUGCUGCUUGAAAGUGAAGAUACUUCGGGGAUGGAUGUUGUUAGGCUUAACCAAAAUGUUUCAACGGAGAGCCAAGAACAAAAAGAUUACCAAAAUCAGAGUGAAACUGUAUCAUAUAAAAAUACAUUCUCUUUCCAGAGAAGUGUCCCAUCUCCUACCACUAAAGAAUCCACAGUAAUUGAAUGUCCUCAGUUCUCACCUGAAAAAUAUGUUCCUGUAGAUCCUUCAUUGGUUAGAAAACCAGUCAGUCUAGUUCUUUCUUCAGAAGAAUCUCCUCCAGUUGCUGUUCAUUUUCUUGAAGAAAUCAUUGUAUCAGACAAUCUCCUUACACAAAAUGAGAGUAAUGAGGAGGGUAAAGAAAAGUACAUUGUGAUGUAUAGUAAGGAUGGCCACUCAGGGACUGAAAUGCUUGGUAGUGGAAUGCAUGGAACAAAGAUAGCCCAUAGAGUUUCUCCAAAAGUGGUUGGUGAAGAAAAGAAAGGGGAACAGAUCCAUUUCUCAGAACAGAUGGAUGUAAAGAUGUCUGAAUCAUUAAGAAAAGCAGCAGAUGGACAGACUUUAGAUGAAGAUAAUGUGGGAAUAUUCAAGGAAUCUAAAAAUGAGACUAAGCAUUCCCUAAAUGGAGACAUUGGAAAAGUGAACCAGACAGGAAAACUCCAUAUUCCUGCAAUAGUGGUCAAUUCAUCUGAAUCUCCAGUGACGGAGAAAGCUAAAGAGCCUCCAGCUGUGUUGCAGAAACCCCAAACAAUGGCUGCUACACUCAUGGACACUUGGGAGGAUGAGGAUCUGGACUCAGAUGAUGACCGCAGCUCUUUCUCCAGCUACGGAUCUGACAUUGUUGCUAAAAGAGGUUAUGGCACCAAUGCUCUGGCCAUCUCUGGGCGCACUGAAAGUCUAUUGAGUGUGUACAGUGAGGCAGGGGAUUUUGGGACUGUGACUGUCUGUGGAGCAGUGGAGUUUGCCCUGAAAUACACAGCGGCUGGUGAGCUAAUCAUCACAGUGGAGCAGUGUCAGGACCUGGCCUACGCUAACCCUCGCAAGCAACGCACUGACCCAUAUAUCAAGACCUAUCUUCACCCUGACAAAUCCCGCAAUAGCAAGAGGAAGACCUCGAUCAAGAAACGCACCAUUAACCCAGUGUAUGGUGGAGAGACAUUGAAAUACAAUAUGAAGAUGGAUGGUCUGAAAGGCCGGACCUUGAAACUGUCUGUGUGGCACAAUGACUUUAGAGGGAGAAAUGUUUUUUUGGGCCAGGUAAACAUAGACCUGAAGACCUGGGACUGGUGGCACGAGAGUCUUACCUGGUAUAACCUACAGCCCAAGAAUCCUGAAGGCCAGGAGUCUUAUGAAUGUCAUGGAAUCUUGAUAGUGGCACUGAAAUAUUCUCCCCCUGGUUCAACAGGUAAUGCCAAGGAUAUCUCAGGGGAGAUUCAUGUGUGGCUGAAGGAGGCCAGAAAUCUGCGUAGGCUGAAGCCUAAGGGUGUUGACUCCUUUGUGAAGUGUUACAUGUUACCGGACACGAGCAAGAAGAGCCGCCAGAAGACAGGGGUGGUGAAGAAGAACCAGGAGCCGGUGUAUAAUCAUGCCAUGGUCUAUGACGGUUUCCGUGCCGGAGAGGCCAGAGAGGCGUGCUGUGAGCUGACUGUGUGGGACCACAACACCCUCUCCAAUCAGUUCCUGGGAGGGGUCCGUCUCAGUCUGGGCACAGGACAAAGCUAUGGAAAAACAGUGGACUGGAUGGAUUCUGUCAAUGAAGAAAUUACUCUUUGGGAAAAGAUGCUAGCAAGUCCAGGUGCCUGGGUAGAGGGUGAGAUCCCCCUUCGCUCCUCUAUGACCCCAAGGAAAUAGAGUGAAGCAUUCUGGGAGUGCAACAUAUGGGUAUUGCUGCAGACUAACAUGUUUUAUUAUUUCUAUGAGUGACAUACGAUCAAAUCCCACUUCAGGACACUUCAGAUUUCUUCCCAUUUAAAGUAUAAUUUUCUAUGGAACUAUUCUGAAUCGAGAAAAAGUUCUGUAAACUGUUUUUACUUCUCAAGAAAUGUUCUUAUUGAAUUUUGCAGUAUAUUAUUCACAUUGGGAUGUAACGUUACAGAUCAAAAUAAUAAAUAAACAAAUAAAAAAUCACAUCUUGCAUAUCCUCCCUGGAGUUUUCUCAAUUUGAUCUCCAAUCUCAAUCAAUCAAAUGUAUUGUAUAAAGCUCUUUUUAAAUCAGCAGUUGUCACGUGGUUUUAUAGAUACCCAGCAUGAAAUCCCAAAGAGCAAGCAAUAAAAAGAGUAGGUGCGCAUUGGCUAGGAAAUCCUCCUAAGGAUGAAUCUUACAAAGAGACUUAGAGAGGAGAAAGACUGAGAGGUUGCGAGUCCUCUUCUGGCUGUACUGGCUGAAUAUUAUUGGAGUAUAUGUUAUUUUUGGCAACAACAAUUGCAUGUUAAGAUGAC